AUAUGGGACCAAAGGAAUUUAUUUUACAAGCAAGAAAAAACGAAAUGGAUAGCUUAGGAGUUAAGCCAGACAGAGCUGCAGUAUGCAAACAAAAAUCUUUUUUUCCUUUUAAAAUAGAAUAAAGCAGUCACUCCACUCCAUAGUACAAUGAUGCACAGGCCGAUUCUCUGCGCCAUCGAUUAUUACCUCCUUUAUUUUAUAUUGUCUCGCAAGUGGUUCCUUCGUCGAGCCAGAGCGACAGUGUCACAAUUCACAAACACAAAACGCCCCUCUCCGCGAAGCUGCGAGCGACGCCAUGGCUUUCCCAGCAGGGACUCCGGCGAGGAAGCUGCUCCUACCUGGAAUCUCCGCCAAGGCGGGAAGCGUCGCCGUCGGCUUCGACCUCGACGGCGCCGUCGACUUCUUCUCGGGCCUGUGGCAGCUUGUGAAGGCGAAGGCCGCGGAGAUCCUCGCCUACCUCGCCACCCUCUUCUCGGCGCUCGCCAAGAAGGUCGACGAGCUCCUCCCGCCGGAUACCCGCUCGGAGACGCUCCGGCAGUGGCUGCACGUCGCCGUCACCGUGGUGCUACCCGCCGCCCUGGGCGCCCUCGUGCUCCUCUGCGUCGCCCGCUGCUGCUGGCGUUGCUGCUGCGCCCGCAACAGGGCCCCUAGAGGCCGCCUGAUGGUGGCGCCAGGGCGCGGCGGCGCGCGCAUGCCGCGGGACGUGUUCGAGGACGACCCCCGGCGCUACUUCCGCGACCUCCGCGCCAGGAAGCCCCUCGUGUACUAGCGCGUCCGCACGUAUACGUGCGUUCGUGUAUACGUACGGUACGAGAGUCCGAGAUAGGGCGUAUGUAUAUGUGUAUGUGUAUGCACGGCUUGAUGUGUCCGUACGCGACUGUGAUGUCGUAGUCUUGUGCAUCAUAUUGUACUGCGCGUGUAGUUGGCAUUAUUGGUAAUGAACGAGUCACCUCGCGUUAUGUACAUUCAUGUGCCGUUGCAUAGCA